AUGGCGUGCACAGUAGCAGCACUAACGCAGAGCGCGCUCAGCGCUCCCGUGGUGGCUGCGAAGGCGGAAAGCUCAUCCGCGUCACAACGAUUAACGGCAUCUCCGCCACCUCGUUCCAUCGGCAGUGGCGAUGCUUCUUCUACACACCGGCCAAGGUCGACGGGAAUCGCGAGGGGCAAGCCCUUUGGAGUUGAACCGCAUAACGAGAUAAGCGAGGAGGAGAAGGCGCGGCUGGUGGCGGCGGCGCAGAAGAAGAUCGCGGCGGAGCUGAAGGAGCGCGAGGAAAAGCUCAAGCAGGACGCCGCCAGGGCGCACCUGGACCACGAGCUCAAGUUCGGCAAGAUGAUGUUCGACCAGGUGCGUACGCGCUCAAUGGCGCAUUACAACAAGGUGUUGAAGCAAGCAGGCGAGCAGUCAUACCACCACGGCGAGGCCACCCUCCAGAAGGCUGCCUGCCUGGAGAAGCUCGGGCGGGAGGCCGAGGCCAAGAGCCUGUACGAGUCGCUCAUCCAGUUCCGCGCGCCCUACCCCAACAUCAAGCGCCGCGCCGCACAGGCUCUCUUCGGCACGGACGCGGAGGAGGCGAAAGAGACGUCGCUGUUUGAUGAUUAUAUGUACCGCAUGUUCCUGUCGGGGUUUGGGCGGUAUAUGCCCAAGACUAAGUAUGUGGAGACGAAGCAGGAGAAGAUGCUGAUUCAGCUGCUGCCAUGGACGAUUCUGGCCAUGGCGCCGUUGCUGUUUGUGUGGCUCAUGAUUCGAGGCAACUAG